AUAUCUGAAACACAGUUGCUAAUUGAGAAGUGACGCAAGAUCUCUUAAAAAAAAAAAAGGAAUGAAGCAGGAGCGUCUGUUUGUGUCUCGUCUGGCAGACGCCAGAAAAAAAUCAGAGGAUGUCAAAGGUCGUCCACUAGGUUUGCUAUUGGACCCUCAGUCUGAGUCAAAUCACAAACAGCUGACCUCACUGACCUGCUUAAUCCAGCAUGAAAUAACAUUAAGUCCAUUAGUUUAAAUCAGAUUUUAAAGGUUGUUCAGUCAGAACUAUGUUUUGAAGCUUCAGCAAAUCAAGUCAAACAAUUACGACACAGAUUUUCUGCUCAGUUCUCACUAUAAUAUUAACAGGUCUAAAAAGUUUAGGAUUGAAUAGACUAGAAACCACAAGGGUGAACUGACCGCUCCCAGAACAAUACAAGAUGCUUCCAGGAAUCGUAAACUGUCUUCUGGAACACCAAAACAUUCUAAAGCAUUUAGUGGCAAAACUAGGAAUCCUUGCAUCUCACUAUACAGUAGGACACGCAUCUGAAAACUACAAGAAGAUUAUACCAGUAGGGAGAGGUAAAUUACCAAACCAGACUACACCACUGACAGGGCUGUAGAAUUAGUGACAGCUGAGCAAACUGACCUGGUCAUCCCCCAGCUGAGCUCCCACCUCUCCCCCUCACCUAACCAUGUCCUCAGUCCGGGGACAGUUAUUCAUUGCUUAAACCACAGAAGAACACAAGGCCAGCUUCUAUACCACUGUUGCCCUAAGAUCUGCUCUCAGGCCAUGGCUGUUCACAGACAAAAAUCAAAGAUGGCACUGUACCUUGUUUGGACCAUAAUGGGCUUUAGUCUAAGUGCCCCUCCAGUUGUUUUGGGCCCUACAGCAUAUGACCUGGAGAAUUAUGAUGACUCAGACACAUGGGAUCUAAACACGUACGGAGAGACAGAUGAUUUUAAUGACAUGGAUGAGGAGGUUGGGACGCUGGCUCCUCCUCCAGCAGUCACUCAGCCACCUGCUUUAGUUCCUCCAGAGGACUAUGUGGAAGAAGUGACACUGCCUCCCUGUCCGACAAAGUCACUUGUCCCUUCCACUCUAGACUUCCAUGGUCCGGGCCUGUUUGGGCCUGACACAGGCUUAGGGAUGCCCUCCUGCCUGCUGUGUGUGUGCAUCAGUGGCAGUGUGUACUGUGAUGACUCAGAUCUGACUCAGAUUCCCCCUCUCCCCAAAGAAACCACACACUUCUACGCUCGGUUCAACAAGAUCACAGAGGUCAGGGCCACAGACUUCAUCAAUCUCAAUCAGCUGAAACGGAUUGACCUCAGUGGAAACCAGAUACGUAAAGAGAUCAAGGAUGCUUUUCGUUCACUGCUUCAGCUUCAGGAUCUCAUGUUGGCCGACAACAACAUCCAUGUCCUUCCAGAACUCCCAGCUACCCUCAAGCACAUCGAUGUUCGCAAUAACCAGCUGAGGAGUUCAGGUAUGCAUGCAGAGGCCUUUAAGGUACGUAGACAACCAGUAGGAUUUUUAAUGUUUCUGAAAUAAGUCUCUUAUGC